GUCUAAUCUAUGCUAAAAAUAUUAAAAAAAAAAAAAAGUCUUCACUGUCCUGCUUAGCUAUAAUCAUUCGUUUUAAACAACGGAAAGUUUCGUAAAGAAGAGUAACACGUGUAGCUUUUGGAGCUUUGCACAAUUCCUUAACAAUGGUGUUAUCAAGGCUCACACUCAUUUUCAUUCUCUAUUUUCUCUCUGUCUCAUCAGCAACCAACCCACCACCGCCGGAUGCCGCCGUUUGCAUUGUCGGCGCAGGCAUCGGAGGCUCCUCACUCGCCCACUUUCUCCGGCUUUACUCCACUCCCGAUGUCGAUUUUCACAUCCGCAUCUUUGAGCGAAACGGCGUCGUUGGAGGCCGUACGGCCACGGUCAAUGUCUCCGGCGACUUCUUCGAGGCUGGAGCUUCCAUUCUCCAUCCCAAAAACUUCCACACCCUCAAUUACACCAAGCUGCUUAAUCUCACCAUUAAAGAACCUUCAUCAUCAUCUUCUUCUGCUUCUCCAGCUUUCGGAAUUUGGGACGGUAAGAAAUUUGUCUUUAAAACCAUAAGCUUCAACUCCGGCCUUCCCUUUGUUCAGAAGAUUGUUUCGGUCGCCAAUUCGGUCCUCAUGGUUCUUCGCUACGGCUUCUCGCUUCUCAAAAUGAAUACAUUUGUUCAGGAAACUGUUGGAAAUUUUUUGAAAUACUAUGAAAGUCAUGAGUCGAGACCCAUUUUUGAAAGCGUUGAGGAGAUGCUUAAAUGGGCGGGACUCUACAAUCUAACAACCACCACUUUGGGAUUUAAAUUGGCUGAUAUUGGAUUGUCUCCUUUGUUGAUAAAUGAGCUUGUAACUGUCAUCACAAGAAUCAAUUAUGGUCAGAGUGUAGCCAUUAGUGGACUUGCAGGAGCUGUUUCAUUGGCUGGAUCUGAUGAAGGGUUGUGGUCCAUAGAAGGAGGGAACUGGCAGAUGGCUUCUGGUCUUAUUAAUCAUUCAAAUGUUGCAUUGCACCUACAUGAGGAAAUAGAAUCAAUCUCUUUUGUUGAAAGAUAUUAUGAACUUAAUUCCACCAAAGGAAAGAGCUAUAAAUGUGACAUUGCUGUGGUUGCUACACCUCUAGAUGAGGUGAAAAUUCAGUUUACUCCUCAAGUAUCAAUUCCCAAGAGAAGUUUACAGCAUACCUAUGCAACUUUUAUUAGGGGCCUUCUAAAUCCUGAAUAUUUCGGCCUGGAUUCGGUAUCAAAAAUUCCAGAACUAGUGGGAACGAUUGAGCAUCCAGAUCUUUCAUUCUCAAGCAUUUCAGUUCUUAAGCAAUAUGAUGAAAAAGAUAUGGCGUACAAGGUCUUCUCUCGUAAACCUAUGAGCGAUGAAUUACUAGAUAGCAUCUUCAGUCUGAGAAAGGAGACAAUUCAAAUAAAUUGGGGUGCAUACCCUCAUUACAAAGCUCCUGAAGUGUUUGCACCAUUUAUCUUGGAUGAUCGACAUUUGUAUUAUGUGAAUGCCUUUGAGAAUGCAGCUAGUACAAUGGAGACUAGUGCUGUGGCAGCUGAGAAUAUUGCUCGACUCAUCCUCUCUAGAUUCUUUGGCCAACCACCUUUCAGUUCCUCAAGAUCGGAAUCCAAUUCUGAUGAAGGAACUUUACGAGUAGAUCUGUGAGUUUUCUUUCUAUGGAGAACUGUAAAAUUAUACAAAUUGUACUUUAAAAUGGUAUUAAAAGAAAUGACUUUUGUAAAUAAGAUUUUUUCUCUGGGAUUCUUGGAAUGGAUGAAUAAACCAACUACAAAAUGAUAAGUUUGUACAC